CAGACUGCUGUGUGUCACAUUCACCACAGCCCACUAACAUUUGACAAAUGAGAGAAUGCAAAUACAGAUAUGCAUAACCUUUUGAAAUAAAAUAGAUAAUAAGGAUAUUAUAAGACUUAAUGUGUGUAUGUAAACACACCAAUCACAGGUUGCUGUUUCAAUGGACAGGGUCUCAUGUGGACAGAUGACACAAACGUUCAUAGCAGAAACAUUUAGAGCAGCGUGACAAUUAAAACAACAGGUUUUGUUUUAAAAACAAAAGACCACCAUCAAACAGAGUCUACAGUCAACUCAGUAUGUUAAAUAAAAUAGCUUACAGAGCCAGAUGUAAGGUAAACAUUCUAGGGAGCCAUACAAACCAAAAAACAGACAAACCGAAACAAGAGCUAAAGGAAGGGAGUAGCCAUAUGAAGACAAUUAAGAAUAAAGCAAAAACUUCCUGUUGCUUCCUGUUUCACUAGCCGUAAAAUGCACCAGUGGGACCUUACAUAAUGCGUAAUGCUGUCGAAAGGUCAUUAUUAUUAAGAAAGUGGAGUAAUUCUUCAACCUCAAAUCAGCAUUUUUCAGGAAGUGAGUGUGUGAGAAACAAAAGUUACAGAUCAGUUACAGUGUGUUUGGUCUUGCUGUGUGUUCUUCUACUGACUGCAGUCAUAUUGCAGGAGAUUUAUCAUUAACACAAGAAAGUUAAAUUUGACUGUAUGGACAAAAUGUCCCGUGUUAUUUAUCACAACGUGCUCAAUACUGAGAUUCAGGUAAUGGACAGAAAGAGAGUAGAGAUGAUGGCGGAGAUCUAUAAGAAUGGAGACGACUUUAGGACGCAGUCUUCUCAGUCUACAGGACAUGAGUCUAUGAAAAUCAAAAGAUACAGAUCAGUUACAGUGUGUUUGGUGCUGCUGUGUGUUCUUCUACUGACUGCAGUCAUAGUGCUGUGUGUCCUCAUCAAUACAAACAAUCAACAGUUUGACAUCAAGACCAAAAACAUCACAGAAGAGAGAGACCAGCUACUAACCAAAUAUACCAACAUCAAACAAGAGAGAGACCAGCUACUAACCAACAAUACCAACUUCAAAAAAGAAAGAGACCAGCUACGAACCAACAAUACCAACCUAAAAAAAGAUAGAGACCAGCUACUAACCGACAGCAGUAACCUCAAAAAAGAGAGAGAACAGCUAUUAUUAAACUCCAAAAACUUGGCAACAGAAAAUAAGAGAUUAUCAACCAACAAUUGCAACCUUAAUAAACAAAGAGAUCAGUUAACUCAGCAGAAAAAUACAAUGAUGGAGAUUCUUAAAGCAGAUGGAUGGAAAGAAUAUCAAUCCAGUUUGUACUUCAUUUCAUCUGAGAAGAAGAGCUGGAGUGACAGCAGAAGAUACUGUAGAAGGAGAGGAGCAGAUCUGAUCAGCAUUAACAACCACGAGGAAAGAGAUUUUAUUGAGAAGAUUUCUGUUGAGAACAAACACUGGAUUGGUUUGUCUGACAUUGAUGUAGAGGGCAGAUGGAAAUGGGUUGAUGGCAGCACACCGAGCUAUGGCUUCUGGCAUGCUGGAGAACCCAAUAGUGGUAGAACAGAGAACUGUGCUCUAAAACAUUGGUCACUCUGGGCUGAUUACCCCUGCAAUGAAGCCUAUAAUUAUUUCUGUGAAAAGAACAAUUUUAAAUAAUUUGUUAAAUGAAAUACAUGGUAAUUCCGUAAUCUGUGAACACACGAGAGCUUUUAUUCAUAAACACAAGAACCUUCAACCCAUUGUCACUCCCCAAGGCGUCAAAAUCUGAAGCAUGUUCAAACGCCCCUAUGCGUCACUAUAUCGACAAA